AUGGCUCAUACAGCAGCUCCCGGAGACUCUAGCAUAAGUGCUCUGAAGAGUUUGGGUGGUGUGACUGCAAACAUUUUCAGCCUGUCACUAGAGGGACAUAACACGUGGAAAAGAAAGCUUCUGAGGAUGGAAGACGAAACCCCCGGGGCCACCCUAAAGCCACUGGUGUUCCGAGUGGACGAGAGCACACCCAGAGUCAUGCAGAGUGUCCUCCUGGAGCAUGGGUAGGACCAGUUUGAUGAGCAGCAUCAGGAUGUGGAGGACUGGAAUCUCUACUGGAGGAUGUCCUCCUUCAGGAUGGCAGAGCAUAUCAAUGUCAAACCCUGGCAGAGGCUGAACCACCACCUGGGGAUGACCACCCUCACCAGGAAGGACUGCCUGGCCAAGAGUCUGGCACACAUGAGAAGGCUCUACGGUGAGUCCGUCUAUGAGUUCACGCCCCUGACGUUCAUCAUGCCCCGUGACUACACCAAGUUUGUGGCUGAGUACUUCAAGGAGAAGCAAAUGCUGGGUACCAAACAUACAUACUGGAUCUGCAAGUCAGCAGAGCUGUCUUGGGGGAGGGAGAUCAUCAUUUUCAGUGACAUUCAAGAUCUUAUCUUCAAGGGCAUGCAUGUGGUACAGAAAUAUAUCUGCAACCCUUUGCUCGUGGGCAGGUACAAGUGUGACCUCCGCAUCUACGUCUGCGUCACGGGCUUCAGGCCUUUGACCAUCUAUAUGUACCGCGAAGGGCUGGUGCGGUUCGCCACUGAAAAGUUUGACCUCGGGAAUCUGCAAGACACUUACGCCCAUUUGACCAACAGCAGCAUCAACCAAUCCGGAGCCUCAUAAGAGAAGAUCAAGGAGGUGGUGGGUCAAGGCUACAAGUGGACACUCAGUAGGUUCUUCCCCUACCUUCGGAACUGGGAUGUGGACGACCUGCGGUUGUGGCGGAAGAUCAACCACAUGGUGAUUCUCACGGUCCUGGCCAUGGCUCCCACGGUCCCCGCUGCCUACAACUGCUUCGAGCUCUUCGGGUUUGACAUCCUCAUUGAUGACAACCUGAAACUGUGGCUUCUGGAAGUCAACUACAGCCCUGCUUUGUCCUUGGACUGCUCCACAGAUGUCUCUGUGAAGAGAAGCCUUGUCCAUGACAUCAUUGAACUGAUUUAUUUAAACGGCCUAAGAAGUGAGGAGAAGAAGUGCGGCAGGUCUUCUCCAGGCUGCUCCAGGGUCUCCUUUGCCAGCAGUGACGGUGAGCUCUGCACAGCCUCUGAUCCCCUUCCCUGCGUGUCUCUCAUACGGUUUGCCAGCAGGACAUGCAGUGAAGCCAACUCGGCUGUACACAGAGCCACCGACAUCCGUCCCAAGCCCACGCAGACCUCCCAGCUGAGAGAGAUGAUGAACAGGCAGCACGGACCCCUGACAAGAGAAGCAGCCAAAGGCAAGCCAAGGCCCAGGGCUUGGCACACGCCUCGCAAGGCACUCUCUUCAUGUGCACCGUCAGCUCAGCCACAGCCCCACAGGACCAAGGACAAGGCUGUCCUCACGGAAGCUGUCUCCACACCCAAUGAGCAGGCAGGCAACUUUGUUCUCAUUUUCCCUUUCAAUGAGGCUACUUUCAGAGCCUCCAGAAAUGGAUUAAAUGUCAAAAGAAUAAUCCAAGAGCUCCAGAAAUUAAUGAAUAAAUAA